UUUAUUUUAUCUAUUGGCUUCUUUCCACCCUCCUUUGAGGGUCGGGUGUACGGUGUCGGCUAUGACCUGCCUCACGCCAAGUUUUGAUGUGGUGGUUGUAGGUUCCUGUAUGACUGACCUGGUCAGUUAUACAGAGCGUUUACCUAAACCUGGAGAAACUGUACGUGGCAAGAAAUUUUUAACUGGGUUUGGAGGAAAAGGAGCUAACCAGUGUAUCCAGGCAGCACGCCUUGGAGCCAAAACAGCAAUGGUUUGCAAGCUUGGGAAUGAUUCAUUUGGAAAUGAUUACGUUGAAAACUUUAAAACAAAUGGUGUUUCUACAGAUUAUUUGAGCCAGACAGAGGAAGCCCGAACUGGAGUUGCCCCUAUCAUGGUGAAUGAUGAAGGACAGAAUGCAAUUGUAAUCGUGGCUGGUGCAAAUUUACUACUGAAUUCAAAUGAUUUGCGAAAAGCUUCCAAAGCAAUCAUUCACUCUAAGGUGGUUUUGGGUCAGCUAGAAAUUAGACCUGACAUUACAUUGGAAGCCCUCAGAAUGGCACACAAGAAUGGAGUGAAAACAGUCUUUAAUUCUGCUCCGGCUGUUGCUGAUUUGGAUCCUGAAUUCUAUCAAGUGACAGACGUCUUCUGCUGCAAUGAGAGUGAGGCAACGAUCUUGACGGAUAUUGAAGUAACUAGUGUGGAGGAUGCCGAAAUGGCAAAUUCCAUUUUGCUGGAUAAGGGUUGCAAAUCUGUGAUCACCACAUUGGGAGCAGGGGGUUGUGUGCUGACGACACAAGAAAACCGGACUCCUAUACACGUUCCCACAAGAAAAGUAAAGGCACUGGAUACUACGGGUGCAGGAGACAGCUUUGUGGGAGCUCUAGCAUUCUAUAUUGCUCAGUAUCCUCAUCUGCAACUCGAUGAGAUCACAAGAAGAGCCUCACACAUUGCAUCGAUGAGUGUUGAAGCACACGGAACACAAGGCAGCUAUGUAUCGAGAAACAACCUCCCAGAGGACCUCUUCUAAGCAAAAUGACAUCUUUCAGGGGAGGGGGAAGAGAUGAAGCAUUCAAACUAGUUGGUAUAGUCGGUGUAUAUAUAAAACACAUUUUAUUGUGAAUUCAAGAAAACUAACAGCAAAUUGUUAAUAAAGACUUCAAAUCCUA